AUGCCCAAGUCCAAGCGCGAAAAGGUGCUGCACAUGUCGCAGGUCGCCAAGAAGACCCGUGAGCACAAGGACCGUCUUUUCAACAACAUCCGCGAUGCCGUCCCCGAGUUUGAGCACUGCUUCGUCGUGCGCGUCGACAACAUGCGCAAUCAGUACGUCAAGGACGUGCGCCAGGAGAUGACCGAUGGACGCAUUUUCCUUGGAAAGACAAAACUCAUGGCCCGCGCCCUCGGAACCAGUCCCGAGGACGCCAUGGCCCCCGGCAUCGACCGCCUGGCCUCCCGCUACCUCCGCGGCGCCGUUGGCCUGAUCUUCUCCAACCGCAAGCCCGACGACGUCACGUCCUACCUCGAGAGCCUCAGUCCCGUCGAUUUCGCCCGCGCCGGCACCGUCGCCACCCGUGACGUUGUCAUUCCCCGCGGCAUGCUCUACAGCACUGGCGGCGUUGUCGCCGAGGCCGACGACGUGCCCAUGGCCAUUGCCCUCGAGCCCGAGCUGCGCCGUCUCGGCAUGCCCGUGCGUCUGCUGCGCGGCAAGGUUGUGCUGGAGGAGGCCCCCGAGAGCGAGGAGGGCCAUGCCAACGAUGCUGCCGAGGGCUACGUUGUGUGCCGUGAGGGCCAGACGCUGGAUAGCCGGCAGACGCGCCUGCUGCGCCUGUUUGGCAUCUGCCUCAGCGAGUUCCGUAUCGAGACGCUCGCGUACUGGAGUGCUGCGACGGGUGAGGUGACGGAGCUGCAGCCGCCGCUGCCGGUGUCCGUCAAGGGCGCCAGCGGAAACGGCGCCGGCGCUGCCACCAGCAGUGCCCCCGAGACCGAGGACGACGAGGACGUGGCGAUAGAAGACGCUGUGGAGGCGUAA